UAAUUGAUGCAUUCAAUAUUUUCUACUUAUUUCGCUAUAGUUCUCAGUUGCUUAUAUGGAUGAAGUCAUUAAUCUUUUAUAAUUUACACUUGUAAUUUAUCUAUUUGUCUUUGUUCUAAGUUUUUCCGAAUAAGAAAUAAGGAUGAUAGCGGACAAAGUAGCACUUGUAACAGGUGCUGGAAGUGGUAUAGGUAGAGCAGUAUGUCGUCUUUUAGCCAGACAGGGAGCCAAGGUUAUUGCUACGGAUCGGGAUUUAAAAAUUGCUAAAGAAACUAUUACAUCGUUAAAUGAUUCCAAACAUUUAGCAUUAAAUAUGGAUGUCUCAGAUGAGCAAAGUAUCAAAGAAGCAUUUAAAAAUACAAUAAAUAAAUAUUCAACUCCACCCACUAUUAUAGUUAAUAAUGCAGGUAUCACACGUGAUCAGUUUAUUUUAAAACUUACGAAGAAAGAUUUUGAUGAAGUACUUGAUACAAAUCUGAAAGGGACAUUUUAUGUGAUGCAAACAGCAGUAAAAGAAAUGAUUAAUGCCAAUGUAAGUGUAGGUAGUUCAAUUGUUAAUGUAAGUUCUAUCAUUGGAAAAACAGGAAACAUGGGUCAAGCUAAUUAUGCUGCAUCAAAAGCUGGAGUAAUAGCUCUUACACAAACUGCUGCUUUAGAAUUUGGACAAUUUGGAGUUCGUGUAAAUGUGGUACUACCAGGUUUUAUAGAAACUACCAUGACAGAAACUGUUCCUGAUAACGUAAAGCAGUUGUUUAUAAAAAAGAUAAUACUUCGUAGAAUGGGAAAACCAGAAGAAGUGGCAGAAAUUAUCACAUUUUUAGCAUCCUGCAAGAGUUCUUAUGUUACUGGCACAUCUAUUGACGUUACAGGGGGAAUGCAUUAA